AUGUGCGUGUUGCCGAUCUUUCCCAUCGACUUCUGCAUCAAUUUCCUCACAGGGGACAGAUUCUACCAAGAGUAUCUCGGGAAGUCACUUACGGAGAAAUACUCAACGCUGAAUACACACAUGGACAGGGUGAUUCAUAAUGCAAAUACGGAGAUAUCAGCUCUUCAAGCUAAAUUGAAUAGCAUGCAAGCAACAGAAGAGCAGCUUCGCAAGAAGAACCAGGAACUUGUCAGUCUCUACAGAGAGAAGUGCAAGAAGUUCGCUCAGAUCACCAAUUUGUACAACAUUCUCAAGUCUCGUGCUAUGAGGUCGCAAAUGAGGACCGCUGCGUCAGACACUGUCUCGCAAACUUUGGACUCACUCGGCAACUCAGUAAACGCGCGAUCAGUAUCAGGUUUGAGCAGGCCAAUGGGCGUAUCGCAGCCGCCACAAACUCCGGCGUCUCAUCAAGGCAAUCCGCGUCCUGUCAACCUGGAAGGGGUGGAACAGUUACACCGGCAUCAGCGGAGCGGAACUGGAAGCUCAAAAAGCACGAAGCAAAAGGUUGAUGCUGCGGUGAUGCCACCACCCACUGUGCCAGUGAACUUGAGAAACAGUAUGUUCCUCUUCGUCUAUUUCCAGUGA